AUGUCGGCCGCUAUUCCUAUGCCGGAUACAACUAGACCACGUAGGAACGCAACUAGAAACAGACUCACUCCUUCCCCCGUACCCACUCUUGAUUCAGUCAUGACCACUUCCACACGUUCCACAAGAUCCUCAGCCAGACAACCCAAAGUCACCACGAAAGUCGAAGUCACUCCUGUUAGAAACCCCACUAGACGGAGUUCGAGAUUCAGCGAUCUUGGUCUCGCCGCUCAAGGUCAAAAUGGGACUGUCAUUUCUGCCUCUGUCGCUGGUUCUAUCUCCGAAGCAAGAUCAGUCUCUGGAUCAGCUUCGAUAUCCCCUACCAUUCCGACAAUCACUCAUUUACCUAAUGGUGAUCACGAAAUGUCACCUUCAAUAGAAAUUCCAGCAAGAUCAGUAGAUCUCGAAGGAAGACGAAGCGUAGAGCCAGUCAAUGGGAACACUUCAGUCAAGAUCAUCAUACGAAAACGUAAAUCUGAAGAGGCCCAAGUAGACGGUGAGGAUAAGACUAUCAAGAAGGUGAAAGAGGAAACGAAUGAUAUUGAAGCCAUUCCUACUCGCCCCGUCCGUGGGAGAAAGAGUAAAGGAGGAAAGAAACCACCCAGAAGGUCUAUCUCAAAUGACAAAAGCACUAAACCUCUACCAAUUUCUACAACUCACACUUCACCCGAUCUUGCAGAACCCAGCACGUCUACACUUAGUGAGGAACGUCAAUCUACCGGGGCAGAGAUGAAGUCAGAACUGGGAACAGAGGUCGACAAGACACAGCAAAAUAUUCCAAAUGGGCACACUAUCGCUUUCAUUUCGACAGAACCCAAUGGAGUGAUAGAUAUCACACCCAAUCAGCCGGAAAAGAAACAGCGAACACGCAAGAAAUACUUUCGUAAAGGAGAAAUCGAUCCGGACGAUCAAGUAGCCGUAGCUGCUCGGGAUGCCAGAUUCAAGCAGAUUGACGAGGCGCUCGAGUCGUUGGAUAAACAGAUGGAACUGAUCUUGAACGACCGACAUCCGGAACUAUUGAUCUUCUUCGAGGCACUGGAUACGAAGAAGAAUAAGAUUUGCGGGUGUUUGGAUACUAGAUUAGCUGCCAAUCUUAAAGAUAUGGAACGUAUGCGAGAUGAAGAACAAAAUCGUACCCGCCGGACCUUCUCACUCCAAUCCGAGCAGAUUCGAGUUCGACACGACACCAUCAAUCGAGACAAACGUCGAUUACUACAACGAGACAAAGAUCAUCUUGAUCCCGUCAAAACCGAAUCUCAUCUCAGAAGAGAAGCACAAUGGAAAUCCGGUCUCUUGUCUUCGUCUGCACAACCCACCAUUCCCAUUCGAGUUAACAACGAACUUCGUCAGCGAAGAAAUAUAGAACUCAAACCUACAGGAGCAAGGGGAAAGGAUUUGGAAGAUGAUCUCAAAGCUCUAGGCUUGUUCCGCACCCAGAGUACUGAAAGAGAGAGAGAAAGUUCAACAUCGACAAAACUUCUCAUCAACUCUACUCCAUUUAAUCUCUCUCCAACUAAUAGAUACGAAACUCCACCCACUCCACAACCUUAUCCACCACCGAGAACGCAGAUUAGAGAAGCUUAUCCCGUUUACCCCUCUAGACAAAGUGGUUCGUAUUCUGGACAAGAGAGAUUAGGUCAUAUGCUCCCUCCUCCUAUCCCGAUUGGAGCGACCCAAUGGUUACCGACGACUACCACUUCUGAUCCUCGAUCAUCCUCCGUUACAAAUCAUGAUUCCCGACCGCUUCUCACUUCACAACAUGGCAAAAUUGACGAUCAUCGACCUCCAUUGAAUGCAGCCCAUGCUCUUCAACCUAAUACCAAUCCAAGUGAUUCCCGCCCACUACCCAUGAAUGAACCCCGACAACCUUUAACAACGAAUCAUGAUCCACGACCUCCUUCCGCUUUCACUGAUGAUACACGACCACCUUCAUCCCUUAGUACGAAUCCUCAACCACCUUUAACAUCAAAUCAGGAUUCUCGACCAUCCCACACGUCCAUCCAAGAACCAAUCUUUCCUAGACGAACCGAAAGCUAUUUUCCCUCUCUUUCUCGGCUCAAAACUCAUCCAUAUGAUCAUGUCACCUUCUCAUCUGAUGUGAAACCUCAGUGGACCGUCGAAUCGAAGGAAGGGCGACCUUGGACGUCCAAACAAGACCGGGGUUCUUCCAAUCAAUGGAAUGCAUCUCAACAUACUCAAGAGAAAAACUCUACGCAAAUGGAGAGUAAAGAUAAAUCUCUGUAUGUUAAAUCUUUAGAGGAAAGAGAGAAGUUUCAGAAUCCUCAGAAUGCAAGGGAAAAGCUAGUGGAGAAAGAUAAACCUCUCCAAGGUACAGAAGAAAAUCGAGUUCGUCAAAGUACGGAUGAGAAGGAAAAAUCACAGAACGUCUCAGGAAAGAAUAUGGUCCCCGGUGGACCAGGUGGUUUAGGUGGAUUUGGGGGAUGGGGUCCACCAGGAUGGAGGGAUGGAAGGGAAUUGGGAUCAGUGGGUAAUGGGGCAGGGACGGCUUUACCUGGGUUAGGAGCUGGUAGAUGGGCGUUUGGAUUAGGUGGACCUUUAUCAAGAUGA